AUUUCGGUAAAUUCAAUUUUCGCUGUAAACCCUUUUAACCUAUGGACUUGGCUGAUCUUACAACGUUGCGUUUUCAAAUAGUUUUUUACGUUUAAAAAUUUUGAAAGGGUGCUUCGGGUAUUCGAUUUUUUUCUCGGUGUCUAACAAAUUGAGCUGACGUCACGCGACUCGUGGUGCGUAACUGCCGCUCUCUCGGCCGCCUCCCUCAAACCCACUCUCCGCGGUUCUCUAUCUUCGUCCACACACAUGCCGUUUUGGAGCUGUAGUGGAAUUCCAGGCUCCAUUUUCAUUCAGCUGACUGCUGGCGGAGAGUUGAAUUAAUCGCCAGCUGGAAGGCUUUCAUUCAUGGACGUCACCUUCCAGGAUGCCACUUAAUUUAGUGCGUAUUCCAGGCUGCGCAGGAGGGAGAAAAAGCCGUUACAGCAGGCGGCGAACAGGACUUCCCUUAAAAAGCAGCCACGAACCCUCAUUAUAAUUCUGAGUUUUAAUUGAACGGAAGAAACCUUGCGUUUUCCUCUUUAUAUUUUCUGUAGUAUUCAUAGUUUUAGUACAAUCCCAAAAUGGUGACUUUUGGUUGUGUCGCAAAACUGUUAAGUGGGUUCGAGUGCUGCGGUAAUUCGUGGGUCAAAGCCGUAAAUCCCGGGUGGUACGAGGCCCGUGAGAUUCCCAAGACCAUUCUGAUCCAAAAGAUGCGACAGGUGGCACCCCAAACCGCGGAGCCGCCAAAGAAGCCCAGACCGAUGCGCCCGCCAAAACACUAAACAGGACAGAUAUUCCCAAAUAAAUUGUUUUUAUUGGCGGUGACAAAAGUGCAAAAUCGAAAUGUGAAAAGUAAUUUGCGGUCGAACAAAGAACCAUAAAAUUGAGACUGAAGGCGUCGUAAAAAUCGAGAAGAAAUAAAAAGUUCGAGGAAGUGCUGUUUGAAUAUAUAAAAAGGUGAAUAAAG